AAACUUAAAAGAGAAUAGUUCCCUACCUAAAAUUAAUUUCAUUUGACAGGUUUUGUGACAUUUUAAAGCCAAAUAUUUAUUCUAGUGGGAGUGCAACAGAAGUUUUAAGUGCAUUUUCCUUUUCUGUACGCUACACUUUGUACUACAAGUACAUACAUGUACAGAUUUUGAAAAUGUGCUUGACAGCAAAGAUCCAGUGCACAUUUUUUUCUAUCAAUUUUGUAACCAGCAAUGUUUUCCCCAAGAAUACAGAAGUGGAUUCCUUCACAUUCCAGCCUCAGCCCGUGAGAGCAGAAACUUUUGGCUGAAGAAACACACUUCACAGGGAUCUAGGCCAGGCAUUGACAGAGCACAUUGUCCAAUGACAAAUUGGCAGCUGAUCAGAAAAUACUAGAAAACAGAAUUAAUUGCUUAACCCUUGGGCAAAAUAUAAAAGCUUUUUUUUUUCCUACAAACUAGUCAAUAAAAGGAAAAACAUUCAACUGCAUAAAAAACUCCACACUUUUGAAUAGCACACUGAAUGUUGACCACAUGACAACAAAGCAAUUAACCAUGACAACAACAUAGUUCAAUCACCAAGGCAACAGUCCAUCACCAUGGCAACAAAGAAGGCCCAACUCCAGCAGGGGAAUAAUCUGCGGGAUUUCACUCAGAGAGAUGAGCUCAGUGACGUCACCCUGAUAGUCCAGGGGGAGCCACUUUACGUACACAAGGUUUACCUGGCGGAGUGGUCCCCUGUAUGGAGAGCCAUGUUUGUUGCAAACUUUCGCGAAAAAUCAGCCCAAGAGAUCGAGCUUCCAGGGAAAGAACUGGAGCAGAUGGUUGAACUGUUACAUUGUAUAUAUCCCAGUCAGAAAGCAAUCAAUGAGGAAAAUGUCCACUUUCUACUGGAACUGGCAGAGGAGUACCAGAUCGAAAAAAUCAAGCAACGCUGUGAAGUCUUCCUCCUGUCUGGGAACACUGACUUGGAAAGCCUCCUUCUUGCUCAAAGAUACUGCCUCGAUAAGCUGUACACAAAGUGCAUAGAGGGAGCCACCAGGCUUACCCUCGAAGACUUGGAAAAAUGUGAUGAAUUUCAACAACUAGAACCAAGAACUCUGAACACGAUAUACAAAUCUAAAAUCAACACCAUGAGAGACUAUGCCAGUUACAUCAAGGAAAAAGAAGUGGCAAUGGAAAAGGAAUGUAAUAAAGUUUCCAGGGAGAGAGACAGGAUUCAGUCAAAGUUACAGACCGUGAAAAUGCUUUGGGAAACCCCUAGCAAGCGUUGCUAUAGACACAUGGGAAACACGGCCAUGUUUGAUUUUUCCUGUAGGGAAUGUAAUGAAAAGGUUUACCGAGAGAUUAAAAAGUUGUGCAGUGAACUACCGAAUAACAGAAUUAACUAAAUUAA